UUUAAAUUAAAAACUUAAGCUUUGUCAACAUGGCUUUAGUUCUGAGGAACGCUAUUUUACCAAGAAAUAUAUUUUCCUUAAAAUAUUUUAAAAAUCGCUCCAUCACUACCAUGAUGCAAAAAAGAAAGCCUGUCCUGCUGCCCAUGGCCAUUUCCCAUCGACCCAUGGCGAUGGCCAUUCCGAAGAGAUACAUGAAAACUGGAGAAGUGAAACGGCUGCUGUCUGUCAGGCACCGCGACUGCCAGCAGAAGACAUCGUUGCGUUACAGCAGGUCGUGCCCCAACCUCAUACCACAUGCUAAAGUUCACACGCUAUUUCGGCACUACAGUCCCUGCAGAACUGAGCCAGUUGGUGACGAAGCCAGUACAUCAGUUUCUCCCGCGAGUCAUUCUGACAAGCCAAGGGCAGAGCUUGGCAUAGCGCUCGCAUGCAAGUGUCCCUGUCCUUUCCCUUGCGGCCCUUGCGGCAACAGUUGCGGUUGCUGCUGUCUGCCUCCGCCUUGCAACACUCCUCCAAAAUGCAUUCAAUAUAUGACCGGCUACUAUUAUUACCCUUACGGCUUUUGGUUCUGUGGACCUUACCACGUCUCAGGUUGCUGCUGCCCUGUUGGCGCCUGCGCCAAAUGUCCUUGCCCUUGCCCUUGCCCAUGAAGUCUUAUUCUUCGCCCCAAAUUAACUUGAAAUUUAAUCCUAUAUUCAUCAUGAAAUUUUAUACAUUUUGUAUAAAUGUGUAGAAUUUCUAAAAAAACUAUUAAAUGAACUUAAAAUAGGAAAUUUAAACAGCAAACAGAUGUCGAAAUGUUUAGGGUUUCAUAAUCCGAAUGGUUUGUGCUGUGGCGCCUGUAACUGCAACCCUAAACAUUGUGUGUGGAGUCCUUAUUGUUUUGGCUUUUUAGUGGCUUAAACUUUCUUCGGGUAUAACUUGUUAAUGUGGAUAUGGUGAUAGUUGAUGUGUGUUGAAUGUGGCUGAGGUGGAGGUUGGCUUGAUGCGGUUCAUGCGUUCCAUAGUACUGUUAAGAACUUUUUUAUAUUUUUCUAUUCCGUGAUUCUAAGUUCAAACUUGCAGACAUCAAACCCCGAUUGAAAUUUCUUGAUCCCUAAGAGAAUUUUCCGCCCUCUUUAGACAAGGAAAGUCACAAGCAGUAGACAAUACUUUGUUAUUCUUGCCAAAUGUGACUAUGAACUAUCCGAAAUACGCCGAUAAGUAGAAUCACGCAUAAUCAUUGCAUUUCUCUUCAUUUCUUUCUGCAAAAAACGCAAGGCAACUCGCAAUUCUUUUUCGCCUUUACCCACUGACCUACUAACAAAUGGACGUCGGGUUCGCGCUACAGAGUGUCAAUCGCGCAAAGUCUUCGUUUGUUCGAAUGACAGCGCGGUUGUCAAUCAUGCAGUACUAUAAUAACAAUAACUUGUAAAAGUUACUGCAGUAAAGUGUAAAAACAGGAUUUUGUAUCAUAUUUUUACUAAACAAAUGUGUUAUCACAGUUAUCACUUAAAAGUUAUUUUCUACAGUUGUAUAGUAUUUAAUUU